CCGCCGCCGCCGCCGCUCGCCUGGGAACGGAGCUGUCAUGGCGAGCUCAGCCGCCCCCUCCGUGCGGCCCCCGAGGCCCAAGAAAGAGCCGCAAGCGCUCGUCAUCCCCAAGAAUGCGGCCGAGGAACAGAAGCUCAAGCUGGAGCGGCUCAUGAAGAACCCGGACAAAGGAGUUCCAAUUCCAGAAAAAAUGAAUGAAUGGGCACCUCGACCUCCCCCAGAAUUUGUCCGAGAUGUAAUGGGUUCAAGUGCUGGGGCUGGCAGCGGAGAGUUCCACGUAUAUAGACAUCUGCGCCGGAGAGAGUACCAGCGACAGGACUACAUGGAUGCCAUGGCUGAGAAGCAAAAAUUAGAUGUAGAGUUUCAGAAGAGGCUGGAAAGGAAUAAAAUUGCUGCAGAAGAGCAGACGGCAAAGCGACGAAAAAAGCGCCAGAAGUUAAAAGAGAAGAAAUUAUUGGCAAAGAAGAUGAAACUUGAACAGAAGAAACAAAAAGAAGGACCCAGUCAGUCCCAGGAGCAGCCGUCCAGCAGCUCUGAGGAGGCGUCCGGGACAGAGGAAGAGGAGGAGGAGCCCAGCUUCCUCAUGGGGCGGUGACAGUGUUGGGCCCAGCGCCCCAGAAAACCCUCCACACCGCCCGAGGGGAAAGGAGGCUGUUGCCACUCACUUUCUCUCCCAGGGCCUCGCUGGAGAGAAGCAAGUGGGAAGCCAUCUAACUGCUCACAGCCCUGCCUGUUGUAGGACUCAGAGCCUGCGGCACAGACGAGACCAGUUCCUGGACACUCAGGGGCGUUGCUGAGCAGAAUCCAUUCAUUUUCCUGCCAAAGGGGAGAGAUGUAUAACCGCCUGCCCCCAUGCCUGUUCUCACGUAUUUUGAGUGAUGAGUUUGGGGGCUGGUUUCUGUGAAAGGAAUGUGUAUUUAGUAAAAAACAGAAAAACUA